AAGAGGGCUGGGCCGCAGGGGAACAGGUGUUUAAAUAGAGCACAGGUGAGAGGUGACUUACAAUAGAUCCUGGAGCUGCGGUACACCUACACUCUCACCAGUCAGGAAGAGCAAGACUAUAAAGAUGAUCAAAGCAGUGUUGUCUGUACUCUUGGUCCUGGUGGCUGUGUCCUGUCAUGUGUCAGGAAAAUACAUCCCGAAGAGUGGCAAGAGAAUCCCUCAGACCCUGUCCAGAGGUUGGGGUGAUCAGCUGAUCUGGGCUCAGACUUACGAGGAGGCUCUCUACUGGUCCAGGUCAAGAAACAAGCCUCUGAUGGUCAUCUUUCACCUUGAGGACUGUCCACACAGUCAGGCACUGAAAAAGGUUAUUUCUGAUGACGAUGAGACCCAGAAGGUUCUUGAUGAGGACUUCAUCGUCCUCAAUCUGGUUUAUGAAACCACAGACAAACAUCUCUCUCCCGAUGGACAAUAUGUUCCCAGAAUCAUUUUUGUUGACCCUUCAAUGACGGUGAGGGCCGACAUCAAUGGUCGCUACUCCAACAGGAUGUAUGCCUAUGAACCAAGUGACCUCAAACUCUUGAUGAACAACAUGAAGAAGGCAAAGAAGCUUCUGAAGUCUGAGCUGUGACCACA